UCCUACUUGAAGCACGGAGCUCGAGCAAAUUAAACAACCACCCACGCACAUCAAAGAAGUCACACCACUCACCGACCGCCUAACAAAGGGCUAGGGGUGAGAGACGCAGGAGUCUUUCAGUUCCUCGUUCCAAGUUUCCAACGAUCAAUGGAGAAGGCAGGGCGCCAGGAGCAUGUGAUCGGGAUCCCAGUGAGCAACAGGGCCUUUGGCAUCGAGGAGCUGUAUUUCCCAGGCGAAGGAGCCUCAGCCGCCUACCAUGGCGGCGCGAAAAGUUCUGCAGCCGCGCGCACAAGCUCCAAAUUGGGCAGGAACGGCGACAGGCUUGCUCAAGGCAUCAAAGAACAUGUGACUCUAGGACCAAAACUGUACGAGACCAUGAAAGGCAAGCUGACGCUGGGCGCGCGAAUCCUCCAGGCAGGCGGGGUGGAGAAGGUAUUCCGCCGGUGGUUCGCCGCCGAGAAGGGCGAGAAGCUCCUGAAGGCCUCCCAGUGCUACCUGUCCACCACGGCCGGUCCGAUCGCCGGCAUGCUCUUCAUAUCGACGGAGAGGAUCGCCUUCCGGAGCGACCGGUCGCUGGCGCUGACCACCCCGAGGGGCGACACGCUGCGGGUGCCGUACAAGGUGGCCAUCCCCCUGAGGAGGGUGAAGACGGCAAAGCCGAGCGAGAACAAGCACCGACCGGAGCAGAAGUACGUGCAGGUGGUGACCGACGACGGCUUCGAGUUCUGGUUCAUGGGCUUCGUCAGCUUCCAGGUGACCCUAAAGAACCUGGAGCUGGCCGUCGCGCAGGCGCAGUGAUCGAUCACUGAUGAAACAAGCGUUAAUUGUUGGUCGUGCCUUGUGUACGAUACGUCUCUGGGUUGGGUUAAUCUGCUGUGCAUAUGUGGUAGGGAUUCGUGGUGGAUUGCUUGGCGUUUUUGGCUUUGGAGCAAGUCCGGUACACAUCAUAGGAGAGGUUCUAGUGCAUCAAUUUCUUGAUUGAUGUUGGAGAAAAUAGUGCCACGGCAAAAGUGCCAUCAUAUACAUGUGGUAUGUACAAGAUUUGAAACUAUGCAUGAAUUGGCAAUAGUGUGAUUUGAAGAAUCA